AUGCAUAUCCCGAGGGCACCAAUACCUAAGUAUUCAGGUAUCGACAGUGAACACAUGGAAAAUAAUAUCACACUUGUAACUGCAUAUUUUCAUAUAGACACUUUCCUUAAGGGCAAUAUCAGACGGGGAAUGGAGGAUUAUCUCGCGUGGACGGAAGGAUAUUCAAAACUUGAAAAUGACCUAAUUGCUUUUACCGAUUCGCCUGAUGUAGAAAAUAUGCUGUGGAAAGCUAGAAGUCACCUCCCAAUACAUAAAACAAAGAUUUAUCUUGUAAACAAAAAUGACAUGUGGGCGUUUAGUCUUUCCGGGAAAAUUAAGAAAAUAUUCGCACAACCUGGCUACCCGGAACACCGUCCAAACACUGUGAUAGAACAAUAUCCUUGUGCCAUGCACGCGAAGUACGAACUAAUAGAAAAGGUGAUACGGGAGCGUAUGUUCCGGACGAAGUACUUGGCGUGGAUUGACAUUGGUUACUUCCGGAUCAGAUACCGGAAGUCGUUCCAGCUCCUUAUACCCCCCGACUUUCAGGACGAUCACAUCGCCUUUGUACAAAUGAAUACAUUUAAGCCACACACGGCCUAUUCUGUAAUCAGUAAUGAUGCGGUGUGGGUGGCAGGUGGCAUGUUUAUAGGGAGACCGGAAUAUCUUAUGGUGUUUAUCGAGGACUACAGACGGGUGGUAGAGUCACUGAUCAUCAUGAAUCUAAUGGGUACAGACCAGAACCUACUGUAUAUAAUGUAUACAAAAUCCGAGCGCGUGUUCCCUCGGGUCCCAUUACAGACAUACAGCGCCCCCUGUAAAUGUGACUGGUUCUAUCUCGGAAGGUACUGCCGUCACGUCUAUGAGAUGUCGCGUACAGAGCGCCAAAGGAGGCUUAUUGGACGAGGAAAGCUUCUUAGCAUAUAUCACCAGUACAUGUAG